AUGGGGACCUCGGAUGGCGAAGAGGUUGCCUCUAGCAACUGGCGAGCCACUGCGACAGCUGACCCCACUCCAGCCACUGUCGAUGCCCGCCUCUGCUCCCCGGGAAGCAGCGGACAUGUCUGUGAUUCAGCCAGCCUCAUCCCGCCCAGCGAGGCUGCCUUUCGCUGCUCCACAAGCCCGGGCCGGGGACCAGCUCUUUCACGGCCGGCAGGAGCUGCUGCCCCCGCCGCUGAUUCCCCCCCGCCCCGCACCGCGGGUGAAGGUGGAACUGCCUCCGUCAUCGGCGGGCGCAACAGCCGGACCGAUUGCUCCAUCAGCUUCCCUGUCGUCAGCUAUGAAGCCUGCGCAGAUGUACUGGCCACACCCUGCGCCAUCGUCAGCGCCUGCCGGCGAGCAUUUGUUCCAGCUAACGUCGCAUCCCCUGUCGGCUCUCCCCCCUUCUUCCAUGGCGCCUGCGCAGAUGGCAGUGACAGCGGCACUGGCAGCGUCUCUGCUAUCGCGGGUGACUCGGCAGCCGCGCAGCUUCCUGCCGCCGCGCGGCCAGCCUCGGCUUCCGCGGCUGGGACCCCGGCCGUGGCAGCACCGGCGGCCGACGCCCCCGCGUCGGGGCUUGCAACCAGCCCCUCAGCUCCGCAGUCCACAGCUGUCCUCCCCAUCCACAGAAUGGGAACAGCGACAGUGAUGAAUGCCAACAGCCUGCCCCCCAGCGGGGGCGUGCCCUGGCGGCAGAACGCCGUCACCGACAAGCAGCGAUAUCGUCCCUGA